AAUCCAUGGGGAAAAGAUUUCCAUGGUGAUCGACAAGACCACAAAUAUCUGAGAGUGCAGUCUGCUAAAUAUAGUCAUAGGUGUUGAAGAUCAGUACUAUUUGACUGAUGUUGUAGUCAUGAAGAACUGCAACACUCCACAUUCUCACAGGCUGUUCUGGUGUCAAUGGUUAGGAACCAGUUCACUCACAUUAAUAUUUGGGCAGUUGUAACUGACAAUGCAGCAUACUGCAUCAAAGCAUACAGAGAAGCACUGAAAUGUGUCAUGCCCAACAGUAUACAUGUGACAUGUCUGUGUCAGACAGAUAAUCAGUCUGAUAAGUGAGAUGUGGCUGCAUUGUCACUUCUUUAGCGAUGUGACUUCUUUUAUUACUUGAAUGAAAUCUGCCUUCUUCAAAAAGUCAUCCAGAAAAUGAAGAUGGGUUGCUUUUCUUAAGUCCAAAGAUGAUGUGCACACCACGAAGGUCCCCCUGAAGCAGUACAUACAAGAUGAAAUAGCUGGUUUCAAGCAGUAAAAUAUCAUGCAGCUCACACUGAUCUCUACAAGGACAUUUUUGAAAAAAGAGAAGUCAUUAGCACAGGCUGUGACAAACCUUUUGGCAUUACUUAGCAGUCAGGAGAAAUCAGACUUGCUAACACUUAAGACAGCUUUCAUAUCUGAAGUUUUCCCCAAACUGAUAACACCCCUGACCAUCUUUGAUGGUACCCACUGCCCUACAGCUGUUUCAGCUUUCAAUAUUAUGGAAGACAUGAGGUCUUGCUUUCUGGAACAGCCAAAACUUGGGGGUUUGGUGAAGAAACUGAAAGACUUUUGGAUGACUUCUCCAUAAGAGAGAAGAGAAAUAUCCUGGACAAUAUGGAUGAAACCUAUCAGCUUGCUUUUACCAAAUUCCAAACACUGAGAUGUCCAUCCAGCAAAAGACAUGUAUUUACAGGCAGAUUCCAGCCAUGCAACACAACGUUGAUCAGUACAGCAAGCUGCCGCCUUUGCCCACUCCUCACCAGAACUGUAUGAACCAAUGGCUUGUGUUUCUGUGCAACACUGAGAAUGAGCCCAUCCCAGAUCCACUGGAUCUUUGUUCCUUCAUACCCUUUCCAUCACUGGGACUGCCUAUCACAGAUGAGCAAAUCCAAGAGAUGGAAGCAAACCUGGAUAACAUAGACUUCAAGAUGGCAGCUGAGGAGGAGAAGAGGUUACGUCAUGAUGUGAUGGCUCACGUGCACACCUUUGCCCACUGUUGUCCAAAAGCUGCUGCUAUCAUUCAUCUUGGAGCCACUUCCUGCUAUGUGGGCGAUAACACGGACCUGAUUGUUCUCCGUGAUGGGUUCAACCUGCUGCUGCCCAAGCUUGCCACAGUGAUUAGCCGGCUGGCUGAUUUUGCUGAGCAGUAUGCUGCCUUACCUACCCUGGGUUUCACUCACUACCAGCCUGCACAGCUAACCACAGUGGGGAAACGCUGCUGCCUGUGGAUCCAGGACCUGUGCAUGGACCUGCGGAACCUGGAGCGGGCUCGAGAUGACUUGCGAUUUCGUGGUGUAAAAGGCACCACUGGCACCCAAGCCAGCUUCUUGCAGCUGUUUGAGGGAGAUCACGAUAAAGUGGAGGAGCUGGACAGGCUAGUGACUGUGAAGGCGGGAUUUAAGCGAGCUUAUCUCAUCACAGGGCAGACCUACAGCCGCAAAGUGGAUGUUGAAGUCCUAUCUGUGCUAGCCAGUCUAGGGGCAUCUAUACACAAGAUCUGUACUGACAUCCGCCUUCUGGCCAACCUCAAGGAGAUAGAGGAGCCUUUCGAGACAGACCAGAUUGGUUCCAGCGCCAUGCCUUACAAGAGGAAUCCAAUGCGUUCGGAGCGCUGCUGCAGCCUGGCUCGCCACCUGAUGACUCUGGUCCUGAAUCCACUCCAUACAGCCUCCGUGCAGUGGUUUGAGCGCACCUUGGAUGACAGUGCGAACAGGCGUGUGUCUCUGGCUGAGGCUUUCCUCACAGCUGACAUCAUACUGAGCACGCUGCAGAAUAUCUCCGAAGGACUUGUGGUGUACCCCAAGGUGAUUGAGAGGCGGAUCCGACAGGAGCUGCCCUUCAUGGCCACAGAGAAUAUCAUCAUGGCCAUGGUGAAAGCAGGGGGUAAUCGCCAGGAUUGCCAUGAGAAGAUACGCAUUCUUUCCCAGCAGGCAGCUGUUGUUGUGAAACAGGAAGGGGGGGAUAAUGACCUCAUUGCUCAGAUCCGUGCUGACCCCUACUUCAGCCCCAUCCAGGGACAACUGGAGAGCCUCUUGGAGCCCACCUCCUUCACUGGACGUGCUUCCCAGCAGGUGGUGAGGUUCCUGAAGGAGGAAGCUCGCCCAAUGCUGAUCCCGUACCAAAGCAAGAUGGGUGUGAAAAUGGAACUGGCACUUUAGCUGGGCUUAUGGAUGUAUAGGAAUGUGAGUGAUAUUAAAAGCCUUAAUAAACCAAA